AUGUCUAACUUCGAGCAGAACCCUUCCGACCUUCAUGAGGACUACUUCACAGAGCAGGAAGCUCACUACUUCGGCAGGACCGCAGUAGGCAUGCGAGACACACUCCGCCCUCCUCCGCGAGUGGAUAGCAGGAGUACAGAUCCAGCGCCGCCUUCGAAAGACAAGAGGUACGUUCCGGGAGCGGUCGUUGCAGCGCAAGCGGCCGCCGCGAAACUGAGUACGCGGACCCAAGAGGGACCGUAUCCUGCUAUCCAGCAAGCGGCUCUAAAGCUAGGUGCGGAGAGACCGUACCCUGCCAUUCAACAUACCUCUGACACUACUGACGCUUCACCUGCAGGAGCUCAAGCCUCGACAUACAAGCCUAUCAUCUCGCGCAGACCGGUUGGGGCGCCGAAGCAAGAAUUCAAGCCGCUCGACAUGUCGGACAGCGCUUACGCUCCGAAGCCCGCCACCGCUGCAGACCAUGGCAAGCAAAUCCGCACCAUCUACACCAACUCUGAGGGCAAGUUCGAUCCGGCAACGAUAAGGUCAGAGUCUGCUUCUCGCUUCACUCCCCCUCCGUCUCCUCUCACGUCGCAGACGCCAGAUAUCUCGCGGCCUCGUCCCUCGUCAAGAGGAGGCUCGUUCAUGAGUUUCGGUAGGUCUGAUCGUGCUGACACAGACAGCAGCAACGGUCGUAGCAGCAAUACCCGCCGCGGGAUCAUCUCGGACUCAUUCAAGAACCUUGGGCGCCGCCUGAGCAACUCUUUCCAGCACAAGGCUGCCAUCCUCAACGCUGGGCCAGAUGACCGCAAGGUUUACGUUCAGGAGAAGGAGCGUCAAGUCAACCCGCAGCCCCGGGCUUCCGCACAGACUGGGAGAGAUACUGUUGACUUCCUCAACAAGCUCAGUCUUGCCGAGGUCGAGCCUGAGAAGCAGAAUGGUAUGUCCAAUGCCCUCAGCUUCGGUGACAAGGCGGCGCUUAAGGCGUCGGAGUUGCUUGACCCCAUUAAAAGGCGUGAGCGAAGCGGUACAAUGGAUUCUGACAUGUCUUUUGCAGAUUGCGCACCGCCAGACGCGAUCGAGAAGUGCUCCCGGUGCAGUCAGCCGCCGACGGGCUACCUCCGUAAGGAUGGCGUCUGCGAUGGCUGCCACGUCUACGACCGCUUCCUGUUGUCCCCUUGUUCCGUCGUUCUUGGAUUUCCACGGCAAAGCCUGGUUCACGCGCAUAGAGAUCCGUUGGAAACUGAUCUUAGAUCUAACGCAGUGCCUCUGAUAGCACAGUCAGAGGAGUAUAGUCCGCCAUACAUCCACGUAGCCGGCACGCACCGACUUCGAAAGCUGCGGAAUACCAUCUAUGAGGAUCCCGGAAAUCCGUGGUUCGAAGUCGAAUACGGAUCUCAUGAUGGGCCUACCUUCACGGUGCCAUCAAAAUCGAAUCAGGUGCAAUCACUUGGUUCAAUUGACAAGAAUGGCACCGGAUCCGGCCAGCCAGUCCCGAAUAGUGAAACCGCAGCAGCGGAGUCGAAGCUGCCUAACGGCAGACCUUUCGAUGAUGCCGAUGAGUCGCCUGUCGUCCCGCCCACUCCCAGACGACCCGUGUCUGAACCAAAGACCAUACAUGCACGGAUUCCUCAAUGGCCGAUACCAUCUCUGAAGCCUCAAAGUCAUCGGCGGUCCGUGUCCGUGGCUGUGGUACCCAAUACGUCAGUAGCAGAACAAACGGAGGAGAGUCAAUACGUGUCUCCGCGAGCAAGUUGGAGGAGAGACAGCAUUCCCGCGAGCCACCUACCGGAAAUUAAGAAGAUGGAGGCGAAGCAAGAAGCACGGGAUACGAGGUUCUAUGGUUUCUACGAUGACAUAUUGAAUGAUUACAACAGAAGGAGAGAGAGCAGGCUGUGAUGAAAGUGUGAUGGGAAUUGAGAAGCAGUCACUAGACCCGUACGUUCAUCUUAUCGUCGACGUUCUUCGGUUACCGGAUCUUGAGGCUCCCCAUAGCGUUGAGAUUGCUGGUGGUUUGUCUGUGAGGGAUGGUGAGCAACGUGAU